AUGUUGACGAACGACUACUUGAAAUGCCCCAUUCUAGAGGCGUAUGUUCCCGUUGUGUGGCAGCCUGGCACAAGGGAUUUAUGUAGGCCAACAGUUGUGAAGGGUGGGGGGUGGGGGGUGGGGGGUGGGGUGAGAGUGGUGGAGUUGGACGCAUUGUGCCAAUCAUCAGCUGUUUGUGUGAAUGCCAAUAGCUUUGGGGCCAGUGGCAAACCACGAAGACACAUGUGUGUUGGCCAUCUGUGUCCAAUGGCUUUCCUGACAAGCCUGAGCACAGGGUUGGAGAAUAACGCAUGUUAUGCCCCAAUAUGUACAAGGCACAUCGGUGCACUACCAACGUAUGCCAUCUGCAGGCGAGAACCUGCUCUUAAAGCUCUGUAUCGUACAAUGUCAUCACAACAUGCCCCUUUUGGGGUUGGGUGGGGGGUGCGCCGAGGGCAUGGUCAGCACCUUGCCAAAUUGCCUAUGCUAAGAAAAUACAACAUCAUCGUCCGGCCGCUUGCAGCAGUCUUCUUGCAGUGCCACCUGAAGCUGUUCAGAGGUGAACGUGUCGUCUGGUCGAAUGGCAAGAGCUUUGUGAUAAUGCUCUAUUGCCAACUGAAUGUUGAAACGGAGGUGGUGAGUGUAGCCCAAGGCCGCCAGCGUACUAGCCCGGUUGGGGCACAGGCUCAGGGCCAGCUCGUAUUGGCGCACGGCAUCCACGUAUAG